AUGCGCAGCUCUCCCCUCGGCUGCAUCCGCUCAUUCCUGUGUCCUCCACGAGUCACCCCUCAAAUCCUCUUCUUCUACUGCUCCUUGUUCCUCACCAUCCCCUUGUUUCUGGCUAUCAAGAUGCAUUUCAAGACAUACUUGACCGCAGCCCUCGGCGGACUGCCGGUGCUCGCCAGUGCGGCACCUUCCCCUGCCCCUGUCUCCACGUCGAGUGCCAGUGUGAAUGAUGAGCACUUCAAAAAGUACACGAUCAAGUCAGAGAACAUCACAGCCACGCUGAUUCCCUACGGCGCCGUCUUGACCUCACUGUUGGUCCCUGACCGCCAUGGCAAUACUCAAGAUAUCCUCGUCGGUUACGACGAUCCCAAGCAAUAUCUUCACGACAGUGAAACUAACCGCACGUUCUUCGGUGCGGUCGUGGGUCGCUAUGCGAACCGUAUCAAGAAUGGCACCUUCUCCAUUGACGGGGAAGAGUACCAUAUCCCAGAGAACGAGCAUCACGGGCUCGACACUCUCCACGGAGGCUUCAUUGGCUAUGACCGUCGCAACUGGACCGUGACGGCGCACACCGAGUCGUCCAUCACCUUCACUCUGCUCGACCAGGGCUUUGAGAACUUCCCAGGAGAUGUCAUCUCUCAUGCCACCUACACUCUCUCGACCCAGAAGUCCGCGGAGAACCCCAAGGGUCUGCCUCAGAUGACGACCAAGCUGGUGUCAUUGGCCCUGACCAAGAAGACCCCCAUUAUGCUUGCCAACCACCUCUACUGGAACCUGAAUGCCUUCAAGGAGCAGACUAUCCUCAAUGACACUACCAUACAAAUGCCCCUGUCUACCCGCUUCAUCGAAGGCGACGGUAUUCUCAUCCCCACCGGAAAGAUCGGUGAUGUGUCCACCGCCUACGGGGGCGCCCUGAACUUCACCGAGCCCAAGCUCAUUGGCAAGGACAUUGACAAGACUGCUGGCCUCUGCGGCACGGACUGCACCGGCUAUGACACCUGCUUGAUCGUGGAUCGUCCCCCCGCCUACGCUGCUCAAGACUCCGUGGUCCCCACCGUGCGUAUGGCCUCCGAGCGCACCGGUAUCUCCUUGGAGAUUGCCACCAACCAGGCUGCCAUGCAGAUCUACUCCUGCAACGGCCAGAACGGCUCCAUUAAAACCAAGCAGACCCAGGCCAAGCGCAACAAGGACCAGGAUGGCCACGAGGGUGCCACCGUCGUCAACAAGUACGGCUGCGUGGUCUUUGAGACCGAGGACUGGAUCGAUGGCAUUAACCAGCCUGAAUGGGGUCGUCGCCGCUACCAGAUUGCUGGUCCCGAGGAUGGUCCUGUCGUCAACUUUGCCACUUACCAAUUUGGUACCUUCUAG